CACGUUCACAAACAGGCAUCAUGACAAAAACAGAAGAACAAAAAUCCAAGGCAAAAUAUUACGACAACGUUUUCAGUACUCUUUGUCGAACCAUCCAAAACCAACAGAAAUGGAUCUUGAAGCAACAAAGAAUCUCUCAGAAUCUCACACAACCGGAAACUACAUCCUGAAAUCAAAACUGGGUGAGAGCUCUUUUUCCACAGUAUGGAAAGCAGAGAACAAAAUAACAGGGGGGGGAGUGGCAGUGAAGCAAGUUUAUCUCUCUAAACUCAACAAGAAUUUGAGGAACUGCUUAGAUUGUGAGCUUAAUUUCUUGUCUUCUGUCAAUCACACCAACAUCAUUCGCCUUCUUGAUGUCUUUGAGGAUGAAUGUUGCAUGUUCCUGGUCCUAGAGUUUUGUUCUGGAGGAAAUCUAUCUUCUUAUCUUCAACAACAUGGGAGAGUUGAAGAGAAGAUUGCUAAAAGAUUUACGCAACAGAUGGGGGAUGGUUUGAAAAUUCUGCAGAGCCAUCAUAUCAUUCAUAGAGACUUGAAACCUGAGAACAUUCUCCUUUCUGGCAAGGAGAGCGAUGUGGUGCUCAAAAUAGCUGAUUUUGGUUUAUCGAGAAGGGUGCUUCCUGAUAACUAUGUGGAGACAGUAUGCGGAUCUCCAUUUUACAUGGCUCCAGAAGUUCUUCAAUUUCAAAGAUAUGAUUACAAGGUUGACAUGUGGAGUGUUGGUGUAAUUCUUUUUGAGCUUCUUAAUGGCUACCCACCUUUUCGUGGCAGGACUAAUUUCCAGUUGCUGCAGAACAUCAAGUCAAGUUCAUGUCUUCCUUUCUCUCAACACAUCCUUUCAGGAUUGCAUCCGGACUGUGUUGAUAUAUGCUCAAGACUUCUUUCUGCAAAUCCAGUUCAACGUCUGUCCUUUGAUGAAUUCUAUCAUCAUAAGUUCUUGAGAAGAAAAGGGGUGGGGAAGUAUCAUGGUCAAUAAUAGGUUUAACACACUCUCCAAUGUUCUACUCUCAUGUCUGCUAUGCCAAUCUUAUAUGUCAUCAAACAUUUACCACAGAUAGCCCCCUGUGCUUUUGCUUCACUAUCAUAUCCCAGAUCAAAGUUAUAUUCAUCAUUUUACAAGGGAAGAGCGAUCUCUCUGUGCCAUCUGCUACAAGAUCAUAGCAAUGGCCCUGGAAUAUUUAUAGGUUGAAGAUUUAAAUGGCUGUGGAAUGCAGUUCAACUAAUUGAAGUGGUCUGUCUGAGUUUAUUUUUUCCGUUUUUUCCCCCUUGUUUCACCAUUUCUGUUGGCACACUGUGUGCUUGCUUGGUGUUACAUUUCCUUGGUAAUGCUCUAAUUUAAAAUGGCAUUUGUCGAGAAGUAUUUUGUGUGUUGUAACUAAUGAGUUUCAGUGCCUUUGGAGUGCAAAAGCUUGUUGAGCAGCAGUUCAUUGUUUAUACUCUCGUGUAUCAAGUCAUUGUAUAUAUACUACAUUUUUUUCCUGAAAAGCUUUUCAAAAAUAUGUUAUGACGGCAUUUGGAAGAA